CCCAGGAGGCGCGAACGAAUCGGUUUGCGGCUCGCGUGGGUAACGCGGAGAGAAGGCUGAAGUGUUGAGGGACGAGUGUCAAACGGUUACACUUUUCAAAGUGUGGAGAGCUGAGUGACGAAAAGAAAUUACCAGCAAAAGCGCGGUGCAGAAGGUGAUGCUGUCAUCAUGCUCUACCUCAUCGGGCUGGGCCUCGGAGACGCCAAAGAUAUCACAGUGAAGGGGCUGGAGAUUCUGCGUGCCUGCAGCCGCGUGUACUUGGAAGCGUACACCUCCAUCCUCACGGUGGGGAAGGAGGCGCUGGAGGAGUACUACGGUCGAGAGCUGAUCCUUGCAGAUAGGGAGACGGUGGAGCAGGAGGCAGAUGAGAUUCUGAGAGGAGCAGACCAGACAGAUGUGGCUUUCCUGGUAGUUGGCGAUCCUUUUGGGGCCACCACUCACAGUGACCUGAUGCUUCGAGCAGUGAAAGCUGGCAUCCAGUAUCGGGUGAUUCACAAUGCCUCUAUAAUGAACGCUGUGGGAUGCUGUGGUCUGCAGCUCUAUAAUUUCGGAGAGGCCGUGUCAAUCGUGUUCUGGACUGAGUCUUGGAAACCAGAAAGUUUUUACGACAAAAUCAAGAGGAAUCGACAGAGUGGGAUGCACACUCUUUGCUUGUUGGAUAUCAAAGUUAAGGAGCAGACUCUCGAAAACUUAAUGAAGGGGCGAAAAGUGUAUGAGCCACCCAGGUAUAUGAGUGUUUGCCAAGCUGCUGAGCAGCUUCUUGAAAUCGUACGGCACAAGAGGGAACAGAACGAGGACCUGGCCAUUUCUGAAGAUACAGUCUGUGUGGGGCUAUCAAGAGUGGGCUCUGAAGAUCAGAAGAUAAAGGCUGGAACCUUGCGGCAGUUGGCAUUGGUGGAACUUGGUAAGCCCCUACACUCCCUCAUCAUCACUGGACACCUUCAUCCCAUGGAGCUGGACAUGCUGAGGCUGUUUGCAGUGGAUGAGCAGAGUUUGGCUGCACUCAAAGCGGUGGACAGCUCCACGUUCACAUCCUGAGACACAUUUAUGUGAGGGGCCUGACUGCUGCCUUCUGGGAGGACGCCCCUCCCAAAUCAGCGUUGCCCACCAUUCUACCUGAAAGUGAUCAACUGCACAAUUAGAGCUGCUAUAGGAUGGCCUUCCUCAUUGUGCUCUUUACGUAUUUGCUGGCUUUUCUGCUGCCACCAAACAGCUUGUGGCUUUUUGAAAAAUGUGAACUGCAUCAAGACAAAGGUUGGGUAACUUGAGGCUGUAUGAAUCAUGGCGCCAUUUGUACAUCUCUCUUCAGAUUUAAAGAAAAGAUUAAACUACUUACUGGAAAGUUGUACUAGGGUGUUGUACCGU